GAGACCGGGUGCGCCUGCCGCCUUGUUCGAGUCACUGUACUCACUUCUACCAGUUACAGUCUCAAACGCCAGCACCACAACUCUCUCGGAAGAUUUUGCAUUCACUUGCACGAUCUACAUAUAUCUAUUUUAUACAUUGGACUCUCUUGUUUCUCUACCGCCAUCUUUGCUGCUGCUCUUUUGCCUAUUCUACUGAUAACAACCUAAUUAAUGCCCUCAAGACAUAGUCGAAAUGCACGACACAAACAACAUACACAUAUCUUUCAGCAGCCUACUCCUAGCUCUCGGCCGUCACCGGACAUGAAUCCCUCGUCGUUACCUGAUGAUUCGGCGGGGAGCAGUGGCGAUGAUGCUGUGGGGCACCUGGAGCGGAGAAUCAGCCCCAGUCCUGCGAAGGCAAGGACUCAGAGACUGGAGCCUGAUCAUAAUCAGGGGAAUGAGCAGGAAAGUACGUAUGAAAGAGCAUUGGUUGGGAAGGAUGAAUCGAGCGAAUCUGUUGAACCGUUGAUUGAUGUCGCGCCAAACCAAGAGACAGAGCGUUCAAUACCCUCGCGGUCUCUUCCGACUCCUCCCCUGCUUGAACCCUCGGAUACCCGUCAGCCUCGAUCAGAACCGCUCUUAACUCCUUUGUGGGACGAAUCUGGGACUUCGGGUGGUGUUGCUCAUUCUCCCAUUUUGUCAUCACUUGCAGGACGGAGCACGAAUUCUCUUGGGGAUGCAUUCUCUCGAGUCGUAGCGAACGAUUUUAAUCUACCCAGCUUGCCUCAUUAUUCAGCCUCUCCACCAACGUCUGCUCCGUUCGAUUCCUCGGCAUUUACUCUCUCGCCUCCUUCAAGCUCGCGCCCCGCGAAGCUUAGGACCAGUAUCCGCCAUCAUGGUGAUGGUGCAGGUCGCGCCUCAUCUUCGGGUGUAGAUAGACCAUCCGCGACAUUGUCUGGAAAUGAUGUGUCCGUGAGCGGCUCGAGCGAUUCCAAUAAUUCUUCUCUCGAGUCGGCUGACCGUGCGCCUAUCGCCUAUUCAGACGGCACAGCUGAUCUCAAUGACACUCUUCAUCUUGACUCACAACACAUGGAAGGCACUAUUAGACCUUCUAAGAGAGUCUCCAACGGGUAUAGCUAUGGUUUUUCUCCUGCGGUAGCUCAACAAAGAUUUUCUUCGAGCUCCACUGGGCGGGAAGGACGUGAUGGCGGAGAGGGUGCCAAUCAUGGAAGCCUGUUAUCAACUACGGGCGGACGUGCACGGCGUGCGCCGCAGUACGAGCUGCCGCAUGUUCAGGACUCAGCACUUUCGCGUGCUCUGGCUAAUACUGGAUCCAGGAAACGCGUCGCCCAGUCUGCAACUCAGAGUAACACUGCUCGCUCACCUUCAGCGACUGUUAUUCCUGUUAGCAUCAAUGGGGCUCCGGACGAAGGGGAUACGAUCAUUUCGGCACGAUGGGAUCAUAGUCUCAGUGGGCG